GCCAGCGAGUCAGUCAGUCAGGCUGCUGCUGGCUGUGGCGGCGGCAGCAGCAGCAGCAGCAGCCACAGCUGAAGCCAGCAGAAGCGAGCGGAAGGAGCUGAGAGCAGCAGCAGAGCUGCCUUCCUCCUCCUCCUCCCUCCGGCCGGAGAGACCAUCGCCAGCCCCGGCUUGUCCCCCAAGCGCGGCGAAAGGGAGAAAGCCCAGCUCGCCCUCCAGAUGCGCUGCUAAGCCUGCCCUGCCCCGGUGACUUCUCCUAGCCGGGCUGGGGGAAGGCGGACCCGGGGAGGGGGGGCAGCCAGCGCUCGGAGUCUCUCCUGCCUCCCUUCGCAACCGCUAUGGAUCUAUUCGACUUUUUCAGGGACUGGGACUUGGACCAGCAGUGUCACUAUGAACAAGAUCGGAACGCACUAAAGAGGAAAGAAUGGGAACGGAGAAGUCAAGAGGUCCAGCAGGAUGAAGACUUCUUUACAUCUGGCUUUAACCUCUUUGGAGAACCCUACAAGACUAACAAAGGUGAUGCUCUAGCCAACCGUGUCCAGAAUACAUUGGGGAACUACGAUGAGAUGAAGGACUUUCUGACCAACCAUUCCAACCAGAGCCACCUUGUAGGAAUCCCACAGAAUUCUGUGCCACAAACUCCAGUAGAUAAAAACGAACAGACCUUUUUCCCAGAACAAAGGAACCGGAUGGUCCCACCCCACCAAAUCACAGGGCACUCCUCAGCUUCGAUGCCGCCCCCUGCGGCUAUAUCAUCCAGUUCAAGUUUGGUGCACAGUCACCAGAGCAGCAGGAAAUCCAGGACUGACUGGUCCCGUGCCAACCACAGCUCCAACGGUGGUCAGCCAAGUCAGUCCGGGAGUGGGCAAAGUCGGACAAAGCACAGCUCAUCCCACGAACCUCCACAAGGCAGGUAUGAUGACCGCUAUGCUUGCCAAAGCGAGCAGCAUAAACCCGGAGGAGUUGAUGAAGCCAACGCAACGCCAUCCUCGUCACACUCGAGGAGGCAUACCCAUUCAAAAUCAGUGGUGGCAGAACACUCUUACAAAGAAAGCAGCCACUCAAAGUCUCCAGUGGAUCUCGAGUUUCUGGGCCAUGGGCCUGGAUCUCCACUCCCAUCUACAUCCUUGUUGUCAGGAAAUAGUGGUCUUUUGACUCAAAAUUUCCUGCCAGGCCUGCACUGUAAGGGCAGCAUGACUCAGCAAAAGCCCACCGCUUACGUUAGGCCAAUGGAUGGUCAAGACCAGGUUCCCAACGACUCACCGGAACUGAAGAUGCCAAUAGAAAUUGAAGGCGUUUAUGGAAACCAACCCUUUGGGAUUCCACUGGAAGGAAAGACCACUGGACCCAGCUCAAAGAAUAAACUACCAAAGCUUAACAUUCCUCAAGCUAGUGAAGUCAACCUUCUCAGUGAGUCCAAUUGUGUGGAUGACAUAUUGCGGGAACAUAAGGAACAUGGGGAAGGGCCAUGGCACAGUGGUACAGCAUCUGAUAUGCAUACAGAAUGUCCCAGGUUCAGUCCUCAGCAUCUUCAGGAGAUGACCCAUUCCUGGCCUCCACCACUUACUGCUAUACACACACCUGGAAAGGCUGAACAGAAUAAGUUUCCCAUUUCGGGCAAGGCACAGGAUCCACAGCAUCUGACCUCAGGAUGUGGAGUUCAAAAAUGGGGAGAGCCGGCUGGCAAAGUUGCAACCAAAUCAGUGCCACAGAAAUCAAUGCUUGAAGAUGAUCUGAAACUCAGCAGCGAUGAAGACGAUAAUGAGCAGACUGCAGAGAAGACAAAGCCUCGAAACAUUCCUAUAAAUGGCCUUGUGUCGCCAGCAGCACACAACCCAGUCUUAAUACAUUCCAGUGGAGGUUCUGGGAGCUCCAGUGAAUCUGAAAGCAGCUCGGAGUCUGAUUCAGACAGUGAAACCAGCUCCAGCGACAGCGAAUGCAACAAAGAACCACGCAAUGAAACACCAAAGCCUGAACCUCCCUCAGCAAACAAAUGGCAGUUGGUGAAGUGGUUAAAUAAAGUCAAUCCCCACAACAAAAUGAUCAUCAGCAAGCAGCAUGAGAGUCAUGGUGAGAGCAGCUCUCAGUCUCAGAGCAACUCACAGGCUGAAGGACAAAACAAAGGGAAAGCGGCUAGCACCCUGCCUCUGACUGAUUCCAAAGACAGGGCGCUCCGUAACCCCGUUUCAGAGAAAGCCAAACCCCGUGUUGCCCAGAAAGCUCCACCAGAGGUGAAGAGUUCCAAGCAGAAAUCACCAGCUCACAAUGAACCCACCACCCAAAGGACUACUGGGAAAAAGCAACCCAAAAAGAUAGAAAGGACUUCCAGUGUAGAAGACUACAAUUGGACCAAACCAAAUAUUACCAGCACACCCAAAGAGAAGGAAACACAAGAAGCCCAAGAGCAGCCAAAAGUCCGCCCAAAAAUAACUGCCGGAAAGACUGCUCCACGUAAAGAGCCGAGAAUGACCACAGGGCCAGCGCCUGAGAAGAAAAAGUAUAGAGGCCCUGGCAAAACAGUUCCCAAGUCUCGGGAAUUUGUGGAAACAGAUUCCUCCACAUCCGACUCCAACACUGACCAGGAAGAAAGCUUACAAGGCAAGAACCUGCCAUCUUGCAGUGGCCCCAGCAGUGGCACCAAAGCCAAGAACUCCAGCAGCAACGUUCUCAGUGUCAGCAGCCUAACGAGCAACAGCAGCAAUGUGUCUGUCGACCAAAGCAAUGACUUGGAGGAGCUUCUAUCCCCAAUACAACUUCUGCAGAGUGAACCCAUUUCUCCCCUAAGAGAGUUUGAAGGGCGCAGGCACCUCUGGGUGAAGAUAGACCUGGAUCUUAUCUCUCAGGCCUCCAAUCAAAGUGUCUUCGAGGCCAUACCCAGGAAAAUGGAGCCCUGGGAGGCCAACACGAAGCACAGGCGACAGUCCCGAGAGUCCCCAACACCAGCGCCCGAAAAGCCCAACCCUAAGUUGAAGAGGAAGCACAAGCAGUCUGAAAACCAAGACACGCUUGGUGAAAACAAGAAACAGCGUCUGGAGGAGGCUGCUGCAAUGUGUUCGCUUCCACCCUGCAUCUCCCCAAUACCCAACCACAGAGUACCAAGUACUAAAGACACCAGCUCAGCGAAAAAGGCAACAAAGAAAAGGGAAGAGAAGCUGUUUCCACCCCCGUUGUCUCCUCUGCUCAAUGAGACGGCAGCCCGGCGGAGCAGCAGCAGUGGCAGCUCCUUUGGCCAAGAGAACAACCUCUCAAAUCCCUUGCAGGCCAGCACCUCCUCCAAACACCGGAAAAAUGAGAACAAAUCUGCUUCUAGCACAAAGGGGAGCUGUGAGGAAGAUUACCACAGCAGGCCCUCAAAUGCUCUGCCCGACACCAGCCACCCAGAGAGCAGCAUCUGGCCUGCCACUCCUGCCUUCACCAAUGGGAAUCGUGAUCCAAGGAGACCUAAAAUAACAUUUGAUGAUACGCUUCGCAACGCAGAUCACUACAUGCAAGAGGCCAAGAAGCUGAAGCACAAAGCAGAUGCCCUGGUGGAAAAGUUUGGCAAAGCGGUGAAUUAUGCUGACGCUGCCCUUUCCUUCAUUGAGUGCGGCAAUGCUAUGGAGCGCGAUCCAUUAGAGGCGAAAUCUCCAUACACUAUGUACUCCGAGACUGUGGAACUCAUCAGCGUGCACAUUCUCAAAGGAUACGAAACCUUAAUUUGUCCUGAGCCACCAAGUAUGACAGAAGCUGUCGUAAAGCACAAGAAGGGGCAGGGGAGGAAGAAAAUGAAGAAAGAAAGCGCUGAACUAAAAGGGUCCUUUAUAUAUGAAGCACAUAAUGGUGAUGACGACAGGGGCGGCAGUGAUCCAGUGCGGUAUGCCUUGAGACUGAAGAACUUCACUUGCUCUACAGCCACAGAUGGAGACAAGAAACUGGCAGUUCUCUGCUACCGAUGCUUAUCCCUUCUCUACCAGAGAAUGUUUAAACUAAAGAGGGAGAAUGCUAUGAAGUACUCCAGAUCUCUUAUGGAAUACUUUAAGAAUUGUUCCAAAGUUUCACAGGCCCCUUCUCCCUGGGGAGGCAAUGGAAAGAGCACAGGAACACCAUCUCCCGUGUCUCUGAGCCCAUCACCCAUUGGCUCAGUUGGGAAUGCCACGGGUGCUUCAGGAUCCUCCUCGUCAGGGAACGUAAGCAUUCCCCAGCGCAUCCACCAAAUGGCGGCCAGCCACGUCAACAUCACCAACAACAUCCUGCGAAGCUAUGAGCACUGGGACAUGGCUGACAAGCUGGCGAGAGAAAACAAAGAGUUCUUCACAGAGCUGGACUUGGUGAUAGCUCCAUUAUCGCAACACAGCAGUAUGACCCACCUGGUCCGUUACGUUCGGCAAGGACUCCAUUGGCUUCGCAUUGAAGCACACUUGUCGUAGUCACUGCCAUCCUGUCCAUCACAGCUCCAUCCUGUUACCUCCACCGGCACACAGGUGAUCACUGAUGGAAAGCCACUCUUUUCUGGGACUGUAUUCAUAGAGAUUUUUUUUCUUUUUUGCCUUUUUUUGCCUUCUUUAAAACAAAACAAAAUUAUCUGUUAGAAGUGGAAUUCACUAUAAAUUGAAAAUAUAGAUGCUGAGCAGGGUAUUUGUUUGUUCUGGUUUAAUCAGUAUGGAUUCUUCCUCUUUUUUAUUAUUAUUUUUGCCUUGCAUCUCUUGAAUUCUGCCACUCUUGCCUUCCAUAACGUGCUUUAUGGAAUGGGCAGUUCCCUGCAGUAUUGCACUUUGUUGAAGAUAUAUACAUUUUUGUGAAAAUGUCUUGAAUCUAAACAAAAAUAAACGUGUAGCAGUUCAACCCAUGCAAUUCAGUAUUUCCCUUUGGAUGUAGACUGAGAGCUGUUCAGUUUAGUCCUGGUUCCAGUUUUUGGCCAAAAGUCAUUGCUAAAAUCAAUCCUCAAGAACCAAAACAUGAAAUGCCUUAUACAGAUUUACACACACACACACACACACACACACACACACACACACACACACUGAGAUCACAAUGGGCUUGGGGAGAUAUUUCUAUUAAUGCCCAAGCAAUUAUGUUUACUUGAUUUGAAAUUUUAACAUUGCAACACGAUGCAGGUUUAACAUCCAUUUUAGACUAUGCGAUUAUAUUUUGAACUGAAGGGUAUCUGGCUGCCUGUAUGGCUUAUCUAGAUACCAUGAAUUGGGGAGGGGGGGCGUCUGGGAGGAACUGGAUGUAUGGCUUCCUACCUGAACCAUUUAUUUCUCCACCAGCCUAUAGGAUGACCAAGGAUCGAUAUGGGUGCAUACUUUUGGCUGCUGCUGGGACAAGGUUAUGGAGAAGGGGACCAGUGGAAUGUAUGGGUUCCACCUUGAUAGGCUUACAUGCCAGCCUUUAGAGACAAGCAUGAUGACACCAUUGCUCUCUGCAGUGGUGGCUGGUGCCCAUGAGGACUGGUAGGGAGGUACAGGGACAGAGCCAGAAGCAUUGACAGACAAUUCCCAUCCCAGGAACUGGCUAAAAGUAAGAAGGGAGGCAAGUGGGAGUUGGUCAAGGACAGAUUGAGGUUCAUGGAGCAGUUUCCCUUUCAAUCCUAAUUGUCCAGCUUCUACUGCCUAUCUUGAUACUGGCGUCUAAGGCUAGUGGGCUGGCUCACUGUGAUGCCAUGCUCAGCAAACCUCCUCAUCUACUUGCCAGCUCGCCACCCUAGCAUCUGUUUUCAGUACCAGAGCUAUAGACUGGGAAAUAAGCAGUAAGAAGAACUGAAUUUCUCCUGGGUACCUGCAGAAUGUUCUUCCUUUACUAGUAGAUAACUACAGAGAUUCAUACAUACACAUGGAGUAGGGGGGAGAGGGUUUCAAGCUCAGAGGGUGAUGUUUUCCAGACAGACUGAUGUUAAAUCUUUGUCCACAAAUUAAACAGGGCUCACAAGUGUCACAAAUUUGGACCAAUGUGUUCCAUAUCACUUCAGAACAGAGUAACGUAAUUUAAUUUUUUGUUAACUGCCUCGAGGGUUUUAAAAUUAAAUAAUAAAAAUAUAAAUAAAAUUAUCAUCCCCUAAAUAAUUCAUUUCCACUCUUUCUUUCAACAUUGAUUUUAAUCAAGUUAUUAUUUUUUCAAAUAGUGCGGAUCAUCAAAACAGAGCUAAUUUGUUAUACUAAUUAAUAAACUGUAUUGCAUUCCACUGCAGUCCUCAUGACUUUAACUGUAAAUUUUACAAUUCACUGAUCCCAUGUUGAUGUAAAUAUCAUUCUGUGACAUCUCUCCGGAAUAAGUUUCUAUAUGUAUUAGAUAAUUAAGAGGACAGUUAAUUACAGCUACAUUCUCUUAUAUAAUCCUAUAAUAUCCUCUACUGCUUGGUAACUAGGCUUACAUGGCUAGGAUUUGAAAACAAGCCUUGCAUAAGUGUGAUAAGAACAUUCUUAAUAUUAUCCCAGAUCAAGUUCUAAACCUGAUUUACGUUAUUAUUUUUAAAACGUUAUAUUGACAUCUGUUAAUAGGGGCUUUUAAAAAUCCACAUAACAGAGCAUUUCUGCUCUGUAAAACCACAUAACUGAUCCCACAAUUGGGAAAUAAAUACUGCAUAAUGUUGGAUGAGUCUAAGGAACAGAGAACAUCAAUAUCCAAACCCAGCAAGUGUCAUUCUGUGUGCAAAAACUGGUACCCACAGAUAGUUCCCCUUCCACUAUUCUGAGGCUACAGCUUGAAAGAUGACUCUGCACCUCCAUCCAUUGUUUUGUGUUUCCAGCUCUGAUCCAGAGAUCAUCUGCUGUGUUUGUGCUUCCUCCUGCCCCCCACCCAUCCCUCCUACCCUAUAACGGAGGAGGGUGAACUCAGUGCAGAAAACCCCUUCUCUUGCCAACCAUCAGGGGCUUCACAAUAAACUGAAGCCUAUAUGCAUCUCUAGAUUGGGGCCAGUUUGCCCUAUGAUGGCGCACUAGCCAGCUUAUAUGUGUUCUAUAAGGAGAUCAGAAAUCUGACUUCGGAAUCACAGAAUCAAGAGCAAGUUGUACCUAUAAAGGUGAUUGUUAUUUUCUGAACAAAGAGACAUUUUUGUUGUUGUAUAAAGCAAGGCCGGCAGGCACACCCAUGAGACUCAAUGAGGGAGUUGCCUAAGGCGGCAGUGUGGGGGGCAGCUGGGAGGAUCAGCAGAUCCUGGAGCCCCAGGAACGUCCUGAUUGCCACCACCUUUGCUUGUCAUCUGUGUGUUGCCUGCGAAGAGGGGAGCACAGCUGCUGCUUGCUCCUCUGUGGUCUCCUUCAUUCCCCUGCAUCACCUUCAGCAUGCCAGGGCUUCCCCACAUUGCCUCAGGCGGCGACAGCAGUGAGGGCGGCAGCAUUUUCUGUUUUGUCUUAAGUGGAGAAACAUCUUGGGCCGUCCCUGAUAAUAAAGUUAUGAAAGGGCGAAGGUAACCAGAGUUUCUCACCCUCUUCAUUAGGUCCUUGCCAGUUGAUUUUGACUGGCCUGUUUGGCCCAAUUAAGUGCAUUGUUCCUCCUUGUUAGUGUAAUGCGAACAGAAAUCCUAGACCACAGUGUACUUGAUAUUUACGACUUGAAAUCCUAUCGUAAAGAGAAGACAUUUUUCAAAGGGUUAUCUGUAACCACUCAGUGAGAUCACGGUGUUGGUUUCGUUCCCUGUAACAUCAAGUAAAUGGAUGCCUGUCUCCAAAUUUAGCCUGUAACCACAUAUCUGUUACCGAGGCAGGAUAGGGGAGCCUGUCUAAUUUUUCAGUGGUGUGCAUCCUAGGUCUGGUACACACACACACACACACACACACAUUAACAAACAUGCAUCUCUUGAUUUCUCUGUACUUGAUAAUUCUGCCCCAGAGGAAGUUUCACAUAUUACAUGGAAGGUGUGCAGAGAGAAAGGCAGAACCACUUACCUGUCAUGCAUCUGUUGCAAUCUAUAGGCUUGUCCAUACGUUACCCUGAACACAGGCACACGCUGUCUCUACACAUGUAUUAGUGUUUGUGUGGGGAAAGUGUACAUGCUGACAUACCUGCUGCUCUGCUAUUGUGCACAAGUGCACAGACUGUAUACUCAUUGAACAUUACAUGUGAAUAGUGGAAUAUAAUAGUACAGCUCAAAAAUCUGUGUUCUUGGGUUCACUUGUUGAAUGCAAGGUGGGAAUACUCCUUAUG